AGCUUUAAGCAUCACAUAUAGAUAUAAUUGAGAAACAACACAACACACAAUCGAAGAGAAUAAGCAGCGGGGAAAAGAAAGAAAACCCGGAAUCUAGAAACAAUCACCAAAACCAAAACCCUCUUUAUUUUUUCCCAUAUACAACAAUAACCACGUUUAUUUUUCUCUAUUCUUCUUCUUCGUCUUCUUCGAGAUCUUGUUCUUCUCCAAUGCCCACUUUCUAGUCCACAACUAUCAAUCUCAGACCUUCCUUUUCCCCUUUUCAUCGAUACCUAUUCUUUUCUAGGUAUCAACACCCCUUUGAUUCUCUAAUUUCCAAUCGAUUUUACUGUUUUUUAAAAUUAGGGUUAGGUUUUUUGUUACCGAUACUCAGCUUGUUUCUGUUGCUGGAUUUUCUAGGGUUUCAUUGGAUCGUUACUUAAUACUUGCUGAAUUCGGAAUUUCGGACUGAUUAGGGUUGCGUGAAAUGGGCACAUGCUCCGAUCGAUUUAGAGGUUCGAAUUGUGGAUUUCGAAUUACGGUGAUUCACCAUUUGUACUUGGAGAUUGUUUAUUCUUAAGAUGCUCUUUAACAUUGCUUAUUUGAGCAUGGAAGAGGAUUGUUUAUAUUAAACCAAUAUUAGAUACCGUGCAAAGCCUGAGUUUUUUCAUCUCUUGGUCUUUUCAAUCUUUGUUGGGACAUCUUUCUGGUUUAGGGCCAUCACUAUAAGGAAAAUCUCAUACCACCCUGCUUAAUACAUACUCUCUACUACUGUAAAGAUUUUAAUCCUAAGCAAUCAUUUAGAUUUGUACUACUAGUUAGCUUCAUUGAGUGAUUCAAUUUUCACUAGUAUUAGUUUAGGGUAUUUGUAUAUUUGGUGAAAGGAAGUAAACCCUAGUGGUUUCCGUGAUUUGUGUUUGUAGUGAGUAAGAGGCUUAUGGAGGAAUAUUAAAGCUUGAAAUGACAUGGUGCAUGGACAGGAGAAUAGUUGCCGGUUCGAUUGCUUUCUGGAAAAGUACUACUGGAAAGUGAUUGAAGCAUUCUCAGUUUGGCAUAUCUGGAUUUUGUGCAAUGUCGCGGUGCUUUCCGUUUCCGCCACCAGGAUAUGAAGGGAAAUCUAGAACAGAUGAUGUGGAUUUACUAAGAAAGGAAAGACGCAGAGAAAAAAAACGUAAAAAAGAGGAAAAGGAAAAGGAGAAGAAAGAAAGAAAGGAAAAUGGAGAGAAAGAAGGAAGGGAUGGAAAACAUAAGGAUAAAAAGGACAAAAAAGAAAAAAAGAGAAAAAGGGAUAAAGACAAGGACAAGGACAGCGGUAAGGAUAAAAGUAAAAUCAGUGCUACAGAUGGAAAAGGAUUUCCAGCUCAAGCUCAAGGUCUUAAUGAUGAUAAUCUACAUCAAAAGGAAAUCAAACAAAAUGACAAGGCUUUGUUAUUUGAUGAUAGACUUACCAAACAGUAUGCCAGUUACAAUGGAGAGAAGGCCAGAGAGAAUAAUCAUCAGGUUGACGAGAAUAGGGAUUCUAAAUUCCGCAUGGAGUUGGACAGGAGGAUUAGGGACAGUGAUGGAGGAGCUGGGAAUUCUUUGGCUCAAAAGUUUUCAACUGCAUACUGUGGCAAGGACGAGGAGACUGUUAUGCUGGUUGCUAAGAGUAUUGGCGCUAGCAGUAGCACCUGGCCUGAUGGAAAGGAGAAGUUCCAGGACAGGGGUGUCAAUGCUAAAAAGAUUGUUGGGAGAGGAAUUCAGGCUGAGACCCGAACAAUUGGAAAUGCAACAGUUCAGAAUCAUAUUGUUGAUGGUAAUAAGAUUGACACCUGGCCUGAUGGUAAGGAGAAGUUCCAGGAUAAGGGUGUCGAUACUAAAAAGAUUGAUGGCAGAGGCAUCCGGAUUGAGGCCCGGCCAAUUGGUAAUGCAACAGUUCAGAAUCAUGUUGACGGUAAGAAGAUUGGCACCUGGCCUGAUGGUAAGGAGAAGUUCCAGGAUAAGGGUGUCGACAGUAAAAGGCUUGAUGGGAGAGGCAUCCGGAUUGAUGCCCGAUCAAUUGGGAAUGCAACAGUUCAGAAUCAUGUUGAUGGUAAAAAGAUUGGCACCUGGCCUGAUGGUAAGGAGAAGUUCCAGGAUAAGGGUGCCGAAUCCAAAAAGAAUGAUGGGAGAGGCAUCCGGUUUGAGGCCCGGCCAAUUGGGAAUACAACAGUUCCGAAUCAUGUUGAUGGUAAGAAGAUUGGGUCCUGGCCUGAUGGUAAGGAGAAGUUCCAGGAUAAGGGUGUCAAUUCUAAUAAGAUUGAUGGGAGAGGCAUCUGGACUGAGGCCCGACCAAUUGGGAAUGCAACAGUUCAGAAUCAUGCUGGAAACUGUCUUCCUAGGGUUGAUGAAAAGCCCAGACCUUUGGAGAAUAAUUUUGAUAAAAAUUUGGAAGGAACAGAACGGGCAAAGGAAAAAAAAGAUGAUAAACGAAGAGAUAAAAAGAAAGAUGAUAGAAAGGGUGAUAAAAGGAAAGAAAAAGAUAAGGAGAAGAAAGGGCACGGGAAGGACAAAGACAGGGAUAAAGAGAAAAAAAAGGAGGAGAAAGCGAAGCAGAAGAUUGAAUAUAGAAAUGGAGAGCAGAAUAAAUUAAAAGACAGCAACAAAGCCAGCCCUGUGGGCCCAAAUUCUUCCACACAAGUAUCCAAGAACUACCAUGAGAAUUCUAUCUUUGAGGAAAAUCUCAAGAAACGGAAGGAAAUUGAUUCAAAUGGAGCUCUACAUGCCAAUGACAGUAGGCCCAUUAAGUUGCCAAGACCCUCUUCUUCUCACCCUUUCUCUGAAAAUGGGAGGACAUUGGAACCUUGCCAAAUUUCCCUUCAAAGUAUUUCAGAUGGGCCAAGAGGCCCCAUUAAUGGUAAACUAGAAAACAAGGAACGGAAGAAAAAUGGCAUCAUUGAAGCUCCAACAUCUGUGGUUUUCCCAAACAAGAUUCCCACCACCGUUGUGCCAGCUGAUCCCGCCACUAAAGUAACGACAUCUGUGGUUUCCCCAAACAAGAUUCCCACUGCUACUGUGCCAGCUGCUCCCUCCACCAAAGUAUUGACAUCUGUUGUUUCCCCAAACAAGAUUCCCAUUGCUACUGUGCCAGCUGAUCCUUCCACCAAAGUAUCAACAUCUGUGGUUUCCCCGAACAAGAUCCCCGCUGCUACUGUGCCAGCUGACCCCGUGACUAAAGUAUCAACCAAACCACCCCAUCCAGAUACCAAGUACAUAAGUCAGGUAUAUUCCGUACCAAAAGCAAAUGAGUGGUCUGAUUUUGUUGACCAAGAGUGGCUGUUUGACAGCAAUCAAUCACAAGAAAAAAAACCCGUGGUGAAAUCUUCAGAGGUUGCGGAUACACUGCAGGUAUGGGCAGAAGCUGUGCAUAUAGAGACUGCAGAUGUUUUUGCUCUACCAUAUGUCAUUCCAUAUUGAUCAGCCACACGGCAUACCAAACUUGAAAAAUAUCUGCCCAAAACCUCCUGCCUAACCUAUUUGGGAGGAACAGCAGCCUAUGGGCUAGACAUUUAUUCCACACUUGCUGAUUCAUUCUUUUAUCAUUUACGUGCAAACUAGCAUCUGCCGUAAGCUCCUUGGAUGGGCACUUAUUUCUGGCCGAGACUGCCUUGAUCUUGAAUUGACUUGAAGGGAAACUUAUGCUACAAAAGUGAUUGCAUAAUUUGCAUGCUUGGUGCAUUGCUGCAGACCAAGUUGAGGGUGACAGUUCUCACUUGAUGCAUUAUAGCAAUAAUUCAUUCACAAAGUUGACUUCCUAAAGGUAACCAGAGGUUGUGGAAAAGGGAUGUACAAGCUUGUGCAACUUUUGUUUUGUUCCUUAAAAAAUUAUUUUUGCCUAGAGCUGAGCCUGGGCAGCUAGCUUUUUUCUAAUUGAGAAUGAGAAUUUGAGAGAAAUUAGAUAUGGUUUAUGCAACCCCAACACAAUUUUGAUUUGUAACAUAGAACUUUUAUUUACAAGAAUAUGUAUGAUAGAGGGGAAAAGUAUUAGUCGGACUUCUUGCUUUCUGUAAAUUUUAUUCGUUAUUUAGCUUGGGCUAUAAGAAAAGUCAAGUUUGAGUUGAAA